AUGUGUACCGGGAAAUGUGCCCGCUGCAUUGGCCUGGUCCUCUUGCCCUUGGCCUUCAUAUGCAUCAUAGCCAAUAUCCUCCUCAUGUUCCCCAAUGCAGAGAGAGAAUGGACUGAUCACAUCACGCUGCAGGUCUGGCUGAUGGGAGGAAUUGUUGGAGGUGGGCUUUUGAUCCUGUGUCCUGCGUGUUCCGCCAUACGAGCUGGGGGUGAAGGGUGCUGCGGUGCUGGUUGCUGUGGCAACAGAUGUCGGAUGCUGCGGUCUGUCUUCUCCUCACUUUUUGGCACCUUGGGUUCCUUGUACUGUCUCACCGUGUCUUCGACGGCUUUGACGAAUGGUCCACUGUGUGACAUUGGCACUGGCAACUGGAAGUACCCCUUCCUGAACUCCACCAGCAGUUACCUGAUGAACCAGACGCUGUGGAAGACCUGCCAGAAUCCUCCAAACAUCGUCGUGUGGAAUGUCUCCCUCUUCUCCAUUCUCCUCAUGGCCAGUGCCAUUGAGCUGAUCUUCUGCGGCUUGCAGGUGAUCAAUGGGUGCAUUGGAGUUUUCUGCGGAGAUUGCCGGAAGAAAGGCAGGAAAGACGAUGACGACUUGUAAUGGGGCAACAAGGGGGCAGAAGUGACCCUUGAAGGGGCAGUUCCUCGACGUUCUGAUUUGAAAUUCCCUGAGGACCAUUGCUUUCAGUUCUCCCUCUUUUCCUGUUCUCGCCUGUUUCUUUUGACAUUAGGACAGCGGGCACUCAUCGACAAAUGGGCACACCUUCGACCCAGCUGGCCCACCGUGUGUUCUGAGGCGCAAUACCUAUAGCAAAAACCUUUAUUUCAUGAUAAAUACACUGGAAGGGGUUGGUAUGGAGUGGUGGUGAUGAGCCAGACUGCCAGGGACACAAGGGAGCAAUGAUGGGGGAUUGUGUUGUGUUUAAUAUGAAUGGGGUUCAUGAUAUUGCAACAAGUUAACAUGGGGAUUACAAUCAGCCCAAGCGUUCAACGCAGAGUCACCAACUUGGCCAACUCACCUGCUUGCCCAAAUCCCCCAAAUCCAUACCAAGGCCGGUCUCGCACAGGCAUUCCUGGGAAUACAGGACUCAAGUCGCCCCUUAAGAGGGGGUUGGGCUGGCAAAAUUGGAAUCCAAUCCUUUAAACAUGGGACAGUCAUUCACCAACACCCACCCCCCCCAUCCCAUUCACUCAGACCCACGGAGCAAUUGGUACACCGCUCCCUACAGUGCCCACAGAUGUACCCGGUUGUGGGUGCCAUUGUUCUGAGGCAACGUCAUACCCUUCUCAUCUUCAGCAGGUUCUUUCUCUCCCUCUUCUGCCGAUUUUCCUCUCCUCCCACCCCAACACCUUUUCUUUCCUCGUCAUCUCCUUCUCUUUGUUUUUCCUUCCUUUAUUCUGGUAUCCUUUCAACAUUGAUUUGCUGACCCCGGUGUUAAUUGCCCCGUCCCUACAUGCCCCCUGGAGAAGCCGCCAUCUUGACCUGCCACGGUCCUUGGUGGCGUAGGGACACCUAGGGCUGCCAGAUACAUAGAGACAGAGAUGAUAGGAGCGGGUGUAGGCCAUUCGGCCCUUCCAACCUACUCUGUCAUUCUUUGAUCAUCGUGUUCAAUCCCAUAAUCAUGUGUCCCCACAUAUUCCAUGAUCCCUUUAGCCACAAGAAUAGUACAUUCUUGGAAAUACAAUGUUUUGGCCUCAAUAGCUUCCUGGAGCAGGCAACUCCACAGGUUCCCUUCUCUCUGGGUGAAGACAUUUGUCCUCAUCUCAGUCCUACCCUGUCUCCUUUAGACUGUGACCCCGCCUCUCCCACCAGUCCCCGGAUCUGGACUCCCCCCCUCCACCGUCAUUGGGAACAUCCUUCCUGUGUUUACCUCUGUCCAGCCUUGUUAGAAUUUGUAGCUUAUUAUGAGAUUUACCCCCUCAUUCUUCUGAACUCCAAUGAACACCAUCCUAACCGACUCAAUCUCUCCUCAUACGUUGGUCAGUUACGGACGGGUUCCAGGAUUUUGACGCAGUGAACUGCGGUCUAUCUCGAUAUCUGCGGCAUGACACCAAUGUCGAUGGAUGUAGUCGCUCAGAAAUUUGGACUAACCAUUUGGAGACAAAGUUUCAAAUUCGACAACAUUUGAAUUAAAUUCAAUUCAUAGAGUCGUACAGCACAGAAACAGAC